AUGUGGUAUCUAGGCAGUUGGAUGUUCCCAGUCGUCUCAGCAUGCAUGUGGCUGGCCAUGCUGCUCGCCAUGUUCAUUCACUGGGAAGUCAUCGGACAUCCUCAUUACCCAUCCAUGGAGUCCGGCCAGCGGAUAGCAUACAUCAGUGAUGUGGGCGCGUACGGGCUGAAACCGCUCUUCAUCACGGGCUGCGUGAUCACGACCGUGUCGCUGGACCUGGGCUUCAUGGCGGAGCGCUGGCUUCGGCACACCGGCCGGCUGGUGCCCAACACGUCGGUGGCCCAAAAGGUGCUGUCCGUGAUCGCCAUCAUCUUCGCGGUGGCCGGCUCCGCGGGCCUCAUCUUGCUGAGUAUCUUCGACACGUACCAUCAUCCGCACUUGCACGACGGGUUCCUCCUCCUCUUCAUCGCCGGAUACGUCCUGUCCGCCGUGUUCAUCUGUGCCGAGUACUGGCGACUGGGCAUCCACUACCGCCACCACCGGAUCCUCAGGAUUUCCUUCUACGUCAAACUGGUCUUCAUCAUCAUCGAGGUCAUCCUGGCCAUCGUCUUCGUCUGUACCGACUUCACCAGCAACCAGAACAUCGCCGCCGUCUUCGAGUGGAUUGUCGCCCUCGUCUUCACCGGCUACAUCCUCAGCUUCCUCCUCGAUCUUCUGCCGAGCGUGAGGACGAGGCACCAUGUCCCGCAGGGCUGGCGAGAAGCAGAGCUCGAAAAGGGCCGUCACGGCGACCAGACCCUGCCCGGCCCGCCCAUCACCUCGGACUCUGCUGGUCCAAACCAGGAGCAGGGAACCAGUUCCGAAGAUGAUCUUGCGACCGGCUACCGAGGUACCACCAUGACCAAUGGUGCUGGCGUUGCACAGCCCAAUAACGACUCCGACACGGGCAGGCAGAGCAGGUGGCACUUCGGCGGGUUCAGGGUCUAG